AUGAAUAUUGAAUUUGAUGUCCUGGGUUACAACCUCACGCCAGUGCCCACCCACUUUUUCAAGGUUUUUUUGGGUGUUAAUCCUAGGGACCUCGAGGAGAACAAGCAAAAUGACAUGCCGCCAAAUAUUGGCCAGGCUCCAGUUGACUCCAAAAAGGCGGCCUGGCCCAAGGGUACUCCCCCUCCAUCUGUGUUUGGGGCGUUCGUUGUGCCGAACAAAGCCAUGUACCAUAGGAUGCGUGCGGAGCGCUUCAGAGUUCCUCUCAGUUUUAUCGAGUUGGUGACAGGCAUUGAUUUUGGAGUUGUAAGGGACAUCAUCGACGUCGCUGAGGGUAAAAGCGUAGAGGAUGUAGUGAGACAGAGAACAUCCCAAGCGCCACGAUCUCUGGCAAGAAGGACAGAGACAGCCCAUUCUGCCUCAGGCCGUUUCAGGGGAACCAUGGCUUUUACUGAAGAAGAGAACGCGCUUGUAGAGAACGAGCUUAAGCUCUUGAAAUACGAUAUCUGCUCUGUAUUUCACCCGAAGCGUACUUCGAUGAGAGUAGCUCUCCAUAAGCGAACUUUCUGCAAGUACUCGUGA